UUGGUGUUAGUCGAAAAGAGCUCGGCAGCUGAACACCUUGCGUCGUCUUCGCACUCACUUGCUCCAGUGGCCACCGGUUCUUUUCUAAGCCGUCACGAUCGCAUUGUACCCAAUGCCAAAAGCAUUGGUGUAAUCAGCUCUGCAGUUACGAGGAGGGCGGCUGCGGCAGCAGCUGCCGCUGCUAAUUCAGCGCAUAUUGGAGCUUCUGGCAUCACUAGUGUCACUCCCCCACAAACGCCUCUUGUGCCUGCCCUCCGUCUUGUGAUCAAAUCGGCUUCAGCAAUAGCAGCUCGAAGUGCGCCUUCAACCCCGCAGGCUUCUAGUCGGCCUUUUUCUUCCGGCGCUCAAACGUCGAUUUCUGAUUCUCAAGCAGAAAGCAUAUCAAUUACACGAGAUGCGCUUGAUGAUUUUAUCGUUAAUACUGCUCAUAUCAAAGGCAGAUUGUGGAAGACCAACCACACGACGACAGAACAACCCACGGCGUGA